AUGACAAUAACGCCGGAUGAUUCGAAGCAAAUCUUGGACUUAACCAUUGAGGGAAAAUCUUUUUAUGAAGGUUUUGACAAUAAUAUGAGUUGGGAAGACCUUUAUGUCCUUGUCAAAGACACACUUGGAUGGGAGAGAGCUGAGAUGGAGAAACAGUUUAAGUGGGUUGGUGGAGAUAAACCAGAUGAACCAAGAGAAGGUCCAUCUACACCUGUCAAGAAGAUAAUGUUGAAGAAUCUGAAAGAUAUGUUUGGAGGAACACGAAAGGCAGUGGAAGAACGUCGGGAGGUGAUAGAUGUAACAAGAGCUCGUCGUACAACCACCGCAUACCUAUUGCAUUCCCUUGGUACCAUAUUCUUUCCUGAUAACUCGGGGAACCGAGUAAAUGUGCACUAUCUACAAUGGUUAAAAAAUCUCCAGGAGACCAAAGAGUAUGCUUGGGGCACUGCCACCCUCGCUUAUUUACUUGAUUCUUUUCGAAAAGCUUCGAGGGUUGGAGCCACUGACCUUGCUGGGAAUGUUGGUCUUUUUCAGGCAUGGGUAUAUGACCACUUUCCGGGCAUGAUACCUUCUACAACUUGGUCAGACGAUGACGCUGGUCCUACAGGAAAAAAGUUUGUAUUCACUGGCACCCAAACAAAGCACAAAGAAGAUAAUAUAUCUACUUUAAGGUUGUAA